GAGGGAGGGAGUGAGCGAGGCUGGUCCGCCCUCCCCCUGGUUCCCGCCCCUCCCCCCUUCCCCUCCCCGCCCCCCGCCCCGAGGGAAAGCCGCGGCGCGGCGGCAGGAGGAGGUGGAGGAGGCGGAGGAGGGAACCCGCGAGGGAGGGUCCGCCCGGCCCCCCGCCGCCGGAGCCGCCGCCGCCGCCUCAGCCGCCGCUGGACUAGGAGCAGGGGAACAUGGCGCCGGGGCCCCCGUCGUUGCUGCCGGGAUUCUGGAGGCCAGGGCCGCGCUGAGGGCGCCCAGCUGGAAGAAAUGUUGGCUAUUUGGCGAUGAGAGGUGGUGAACAGUGACCAUACUGGUAUACAACACUAUGGGACCUGGCAUUUUUGCUGCAUGUCCAGCCCAUCCCCACUAAUAAUGUAGGAAGCCAUCUGAUCCAUUGGAAACACUAAUCUGAUCUCGGAAGUGGCUGAUCGUGGCAGGAUGUGUCGACGAUGAUGAUGGCAAGAAAGCAAGAUGUCCGAAUUCCCACCUACAACAUCAGUGUGGUGGGAUUAUCUGGGACCGAGAAGGAAAAGGGCCAGUGUGGGAUUGGAAAGUCUUGUUUGUGCAACCGCUUUGUGCGCCCGAGUGCUGACGAGUUUCACUUGGACCAUACCUCCGUCCUCAGCACCAGUGACUUUGGAGGGCGAGUGGUCAAUAAUGACCACUUUCUCUACUGGGGAGAAGUUAGCCGCUCCCUGGAGGAUUGUGUGGAAUGUAAAAUGCACAUUGUGGAGCAGACUGAAUUUAUUGAUGAUCAGACUUUUCAACCUCAUCGAAGCACGGCCCUGCAGCCCUAUAUCAAGAGAGCUGCUGCAACCAAGCUUGCAUCAGCUGAAAAACUCAUGUACUUUUGCACUGACCAGCUGGGGCUGGAGCAGGACUUUGAGCAGAAACAAAUGCCAGACGGAAAGCUGCUGGUUGAUGGUUUUCUUCUUGGUAUUGACGUUAGCAGGGGCAUGAACAGGAACUUUGAUGACCAGCUCAAGUUUGUCUCUAAUCUCUACAAUCAGCUUGCAAAAACAAAAAAGCCCAUAGUGGUGGUCCUGACUAAGUGUGACGAAGGUGUUGAGCGGUACAUUAGAGAUGCACAUACUUUUGCCUUAAGCAAAAAGAACCUCCAGGUUGUGGAGACCUCAGCGAGAUCCAAUGUAAACGUGGACUUGGCUUUCAGCACCUUAGUGCAACUCAUUGAUAAAAGUCGGGGAAAGACAAAAAUCAUUCCUUAUUUUGAAGCUCUCAAGCAGCAGAGUCAGCAGAUAGCUACAGCGAAAGACAAGUAUGAGUGGCUGGUGAGUCGCAUUGUGAAAAACCACAAUGAGAACUGGCUGAGUGUCAGCCGAAAGAUGCAGGCCUCUCCAGAAUACCAGGACUAUGUCUACCUGGAAGGGACUCAGAAAGCCAAGAAGCUGUUUCUACAGCACAUCCACCGCCUCAAGCAUGAGCAUAUCGAGCGUAGGAGAAAGCUGUACCUGGCAGCCCUGCCAUUAGCUUUUGAAGCUCUUAUACCUAAUCUAGAUGAAAUAGACCACCUAAGCUGCAUAAAAGCCAAAAAGCUCUUAGAAACCAAGUCAGAAUUCUUGAAGUGGUUUGUUGUGCUUGAAGAGACACCGUGGGAUGCCACCAACCACAUUGACAACAUGGAAAAUGAACGGAUUCCCUUUGAUUUAAUGGAUACUGUCCCUGCAGAGCAGCUGUACGAGGCCCACUUAGAGAAGCUGAGGAAUGAGAGGAAAAGAGUUGAGAUGCGAAGGGCAUUUAAAGAAAACCUGGAGACCUCUCCUUUCAUAACUCCCGGAAAGCCUUGGGAAGAGGCCCGUAGUUUUAUUAUGAAUGAAGAUUUCUACCAGUGGCUGGAAGAAUCUGUAUACAUGGAUAUUUACGGCAAACACCAAAAGCAAAUUAUAGAUAAAGCAAAGGAAGAAUUUCAGGAGUUGCUUUUGGAAUAUUCAGAAUUGUUUUAUGAACUGGAGCUGGAUGCUAAGCCCAGCAAGGAGAAGAUGGGUGUUAUUCAGGAUGUUCUGGGAGAGGAACAGCGAUUUAAAGCAUUACAAAAGCUCCAAGCAGAGCGUGAUGCCCUUAUUCUGAAACACAUUCAUUUUGUGUACCACCCAACAAAGGAGACAUGCCCCAGCUGCCCAGCUUGUGUGGACGCUAAGAUUGAGCACUUGAUUAGUUCUCGGUUUAUCCGGCCAUCUGACCGGAAUCAGAAAAAUUCACUCUCUGACCCUAACAUUGAUAGAAUCAACUUGGUUAUAUUGGGCAAAGAUGGCCUUGCCCGAGAAUUGGCCAAUGAGAUUCGAGCUCUUUGUACAAAUGACGACAAGUAUGUGAUAGAUGGUAAAAUGUAUGAGCUUUCCCUGAGGCCAAUAGAGGGGAAUGUCAGGCUUCCUGUGAACUCUUUCCAGACACCAACAUUUCAGCCCCACGGCUGUCUUUGCCUUUACAAUUCAAAGGAAUCGCUAUCCUAUGUAGUGGAAAGUAUAGAGAAGAGUAGAGAGUCCACGCUUGGCCGGCGGGAUAAUCAUUUAGUCCAUCUCCCCCUUACAUUAAUUUUGGUUAACAAGAGAGGAGACACCAGUGGAGAGACUCUGCAUAGCUUAAUACAGCAAGGUCAGCAAAUUGCUAGCAAACUUCAGUGUGUCUUUCUCGACCCUGCUUCUGCUGGCAUUGGUUAUGGACGCAACAUUAAUGAAAAGCAAAUCAGUCAAGUUUUGAAGGGACUCCUGGACUCUAAGCGUAACUUAAACCUGGUCAGUUCUACUGCUAGUAUCAAAGAUUUGGCUGAUGUUGAUCUGCGAAUUGUUAUGUGUCUGAUGUGUGGAGAUCCUUUUAGUGCAGAUGACAUACUUUUUCCUGUCCUUCAGUCCCAAACCUGUAAAUCUUCCCAUUGUGGAAGCAACAACUCUGUUUUACUUGAACUACCAAUCGGACUGCACAAGAAGCGGAUCGAACUGUCUAUUCUUUCAUACCAUUCCUCCUUUAGCAUCAGAAAGAGCCGGUUGGUUCAUGGGUACAUUGUUUUUUAUUCAGCCAAACGUAAGGCCUCUUUGGCUAUGUUACGUGCCUUUCUUUGUGAAGUGCAGGAUAUUAUCCCUAUUCAGCUCGUAGCACUCACUGAUGGCGCUGUAGAUGUCCUGGACAAUGACUUAAGUCGGGAACAGCUGACUGAGGGGGAGGAGAUUGCUCAAGAAAUUGACGGAAGGUUCACAAGCAUCCCCUGUAGCCAACCCCAGCAUAAACUUGAGAUCUUUCACCCAUUUUUUAAAGAUGUGGUGGAAAAAAAGAACAUAAUCGAGGCUACUCAUAUGUACGAUAAUGCUGCCGAGGCCUGUAGCACAACCGAAGAGGUGUUUAACUCCCCCCGGGCAGGAUCACCGCUCUGCAACUCAAACCUGCAGGAUUCAGAAGAAGAUAUCGAGCCAUCUUACAGCCUGUUUCGAGAAGACACCUCACUGCCUUCUCUGUCCAAAGACCAUUCUAAACUCUCUAUGGAACUGGAGGGAAAUGAUGGGCUGUCUUUCAUUAUGAGCAAUUUUGAGAGUAAACUGAACAACAAAGUACCUCCACCAGUCAAACCAAAGCCUCCUGUCCAUUUUGAAAUUACAAAGGGGGAUUUAUCUUAUUUAGACCAAGGCCAUAGGGAUGGACAGAGGAAGUCUGUGUCUUCUAGCCCCUGGCUGCCUCAGGAUGGGUUUGAUCCUUCUGACUAUGCUGAACCCAUGGAUGCUGUGGUGAAGCCAAGGAAUGAAGAAGAAAACAUAUACUCUGUGCCCCAUGACAGCACCCAAGGCAAAAUCAUCACCAUUCGGAAUAUCAACAAAGCCCAGUCCAACGGCAGCGGGAAUGGUUCCGACAGUGAAAUGGACACCAGCUCUCUAGAGCGAGGGCGCAAGGUUUCCAUCGUGAGCAAGCCAGUGCUGUACAGGACGAGAUGCACCCGGCUGGGGCGGUUUGCUAGUUACCGAACCAGCUUCAGCGUGGGGAGUGAUGAUGAGCUGGGGCCCAUCCGGAAGAAAGAGGAGGAUCAGGCAUCCCAGGGUUAUAAAGGGGACAAUGCCGUGAUUCCAUAUGAAACAGACGAAGACCCACGGAGGAGGAAUAUUCUUCGCAGCCUAAGGAGGAACACUAAGAAACCAAAGCCCAAACCCCGGCCAUCCAUCACAAAGGCAACCUGGGAGAGUAACUAUUUUGGGGUGCCUUUAACAACUGUCGUGACUCCAGAGAAGCCUAUCCCCAUUUUUAUUGAAAGAUGUAUUGAGUACAUUGAAGCCACAGGACUGAGCACGGAAGGCAUCUACCGGGUCAGCGGGAACAAGUCAGAGAUGGAGAGUCUGCAGAGACAGUUUGAUCAAGACCAUAACCUGGACCUGGCAGAGAAAGACUUUACAGUGAAUACCGUGGCCGGUGCCAUGAAGAGCUUUUUCUCAGAACUGCCUGACCCCCUGGUCCCGUACAACAUGCAGAUCGACUUGGUGGAGGCACACAAAAUCAACGACCGGGAGCAGAAGUUGCAUGCCCUUAAGGAGGUAUUAAAGAAAUUUCCAAAAGAAAACCACGAAGUCUUCAAGUAUGUCAUCUCUCACUUAAACAAGGUCAGCCACAACAACAAGGUGAAUCUCAUGACCAGCGAGAACCUCUCCAUCUGCUUCUGGCCCACCUUGAUGAGACCUGAUUUCAGCACCAUGGACGCCCUCACAGCCACGCGCACCUACCAGACAAUCAUUGAACUCUUCAUUCAGCAGUGCCCCUUCUUCUUCUACAAUCGGCCCAUCACCGAGCCCCCUGGUGCCAGGCCCAGCUCCCCCUCCGCCGUGGCUUCCACCGUCCCCUUCCUCACUUCCACGCCUGUCACAAGUCAACCGUCGCCCCCACAGUCGCCUCCUCCCACCCCCCAGUCCCCAAUGCAGCCACUGCUUCCCUCCCAGCUUCAAGCCGAACACACGCUGUGACCCACCAAGACCUGGGGCGACAGGAGAACCGGUCCUCUCUCUGACGGGGUGGCAUUUGGCCUUGAACAAAACCAAGUCCACUGGGGGCAGAGGCAGAGGCAAGUGGCCCUCUCCAUCACCUUCUCAAGACCUCAGUGGGAGCACCAGCCAAUGGUACCAUCGGCCAGGCUGCCAGGUGCCCUGGGCCCAGCGCUGCAGACCUGAGCUGGCUGCAGGCAGCAGCCAUGGGGCCCUGUCCUUUGACUUGGACCCCUUUGAGGACUGAACUAGGCAGGCAGCAGCCCCAGUGCCCUCCCUCUGUUCUCUGGACCACCACCCCACCUGGCUGCGCACACCAGCCUCCAGGUGCCUCCCUCUGCUUGUACAGGGCCCGUGGUCGGGACAGUGCCCUGGCCAGGGAGGAGGAUGCUCUGAGAUUCAGGGCGGGGCUGGCAACCCCCGAAGAGAACACUUCCCGCUGGUCUGUCUCUUCCCACCUUCCAUCUGCACACACCCGCAAGGUAAGCGUGCAGCCCGCUGGUGGCUCCUUGGGAACGUGUAGGCCACGGCUCUGCCACCACUAGGUACCUGCUGAGGGCGCUGGCCCUGCAGAUCGGAGCAGCGGAGGACAGCUUUGUGCCUGGACCCAGACAGUGCAGGACUUCCCUCCUCACCCCGCCAUCCCACUCCACCGGCUUUCCGAGACAUUCCCUGCAAACAAAGGAACACUAGGAGAAAAAAUGGAAAAACCCUUCCAAUAAUUAAAAAGGAAAAAACCACGGAAAGAAAACUACAGACCUCAAGAUUUCACUCUGUGCCCACCUCUGCCGGGAGGGAGGGAGGCACACAGGUGGAGUUGACCCUCGUCUUUGUGGCAGCAAAACCAGGAUGCCUGGAGCUAUGGCCUGAGAGCCUCCUGGGGUCCCACUCACCCACUUAGGUCUAGUCGCCAGAUUCCCCGUUUUCCCAAGAAGAGGGUUCGAGCCGUUGGUGGGGAGAGCCCGGGAGAUGGCAGAGCAGGCCGGAACCUGGGCUGCCCCAGAACACAGUCCGUUACGAUAGAAACACUACUGGAGCGUGUGUGUGGGGUGUGUGUGUGCGCACGUGUGAGUGUGUGUGUGGGCACUUGGGGAGUUGGGGACUGCUGGAAGGUGCCAGGUGCACUUGGGGUUGGGGUUGGUGUGUGGGGUGUUGAAGUGGAAUCGUUUCAUCCCAGCCAUGGAGGCCACCAGCAGGAGUGUUCAUGGGGAUGUGGGCGGGGUGGGGCACUUUGAAGGAAUGGCAGUCUGCUGGUGCCCUCGAAGGGGCAUCCUUCCUGGUCCUUGCCAGCCCAGAGGUGCCGUGCCUGCCUAUCACCCACCACCACCCUAGCCCAGCCUUGCCACUGCUCCAGGAAAAGCUCUUCUCCUGCCCACCUCUGCCCUCCAGCACUGCAAACUUGCGUGGCUGGGCCAUGGCCUCUGCAGCCAGGAAGACUGGGCACCCCCCAGGCGAGAGCUAGCGGGGUGCAGAGGGCCCCACACCAGACAGCCCUUGGGGCUCAUUGCACUUUAAGAAAUAGGAUCUGUGGUAUAUUCCAGGUGGCCUGAUGGACACCUCCCGGGCGUCUGCAGUGCCCCACCCAUGCCCACCUGCAGUGGUUGGAGACAGGAGUGGCCCUUCGUCUCCCAAGCCCCCUCUGGGGACGGCUGGCUCACUGUCUCCAGUUCUCAAUGGCCAACGAAGGUGCUUGGAAACACUCACGUACCCUUGCAAGUUUUACCGCCUCUUGAGGAACACAAAUCGGAGAACAAACCCAAGGUCCAGGCGUGUUUUCUGUGAAUGUUGGAUGAUGAAGUUUUGUCUUUUCUGGCGGAGCUGUGCCUGGCCCUGUAGGCCCAGGGUUGACUGGAAGGUGACAUCUGUGUUUCGUUUUAGCUGAGGUUGGCAGAUAGGUUCCCAAACUCCCCCAGUCCUGGGCCCCACCAGAUGAAGAAACGGCCGCAUUUACUCACCCCGCCCCCUUUUCAAGGUCAUGCUCACCUGGUCAGCACCUCACAGAAUUGGGGGUGGAGGGAAAGCAUGGUGGUAGCCUGGGCCAUCCCUGUAUGAACGCAGGCAAAAGCAGCCCAGUCACCCUCACUGCUUGAGCUAACACUGCCACCUCUUUUGUGAGCACGAAAGCCACGUCCCAAGCCACCCGGCCCCUGAUUCCACAGAUGUAUGUGCAGCCAGUGACUUCCCUGGGAGUGUGGAGGGGGCGAUGAGGAGCACCUGGGCUUUCUACCCCUCUCCUCACAGAAGUACCUGAAACUAGGCCUGGGGCACCCCCAACGCAGCGCCCUGUCAGCCAAGGUGGGCAGGCAGGGACUGUGGCAGCUCAUGUCCGAAGGGAGCCCCCAUGCACAGGAAGCCCCAGGGUUCCUCUUGUUUCCUCCACUAACUCUUCAGCCUCUCGUCUGCUGCUUCAGGCUGAGGGACUAGAGGACAUCUCAGUCGUUUGAGUGGCAUGGCCAGUCGUGGCAGGCCAGGCUUCAGCAUCCGGCCAGGGCAGCGUGCAGACUGGGCCCUUGUGUGGGAGUGACAGAGAAGCAUCCUUGGGGAUUGUUGGAACCGUGCUGUCCCCACCCCUGCUUUCAUCGGGGCUCUAAGUUCUGGAAGGUGCUUGCACAGAGGGUGCUCAUGGGACCCGCAUGCAGCUCUCAGCACUGGGCGGGUGGGCAUUGGCUUGUCCAGAAUGGGGACAUGGGGCAGCCACCCCCACCCAGUGAGAGUGCAGACACCGUGUGCGGGAACAGCAGCCCUUGGUGCAAAGCCAGAGACUGAUCCUGGCUCUGAUGGCUGAGGAGGGAGGACGCGAGGCUGGGUGGCGUGGCUCGUGAAUCCAGUUAGAAUUCUUGGCUUGUAGGCCGGGCGCGGUGGCUCCAGCCUGUAAUCCCAGCACUUUGGGAGGCCGAGACGGGCGGAUCACGAGGUCAGGAGAUCGAGACCAUCCUGGCUAACCCGGUGAAA